CCACCCAGCGCAAUUCCCUUCCAUUCCCUGUCCAUGGAGGAGCGUAAACGAUCCCUUGCGGAUGACGGCUCAACCUCGGGUCCUUCCCUGAAGCGGGAAAAGCUCGACCACGAGCUCCCUCCAGAUGUCGCGGAAGAAAUCGAAACUUUCCAGAAGGAGGCGAUAUGGCGCCAGAUGAAGGAGUAUCAGCGCUUGAAUGAGCGUGCUGAGGCUCAGGUUGCUCGCCUGAAGGAGAGGUCCACAUACCAUGAAGAUCACCUUCGGGUUGUUGACGCGUGGUGGGCGCAGCUUCUGGAUGAGAUGCGCAUUGUUGCUGGCGAAGCCGUAAGUAAUCCUUCAGAAGAUAUUCUGGCAAGUGUGCUGUUCAGCGACAGCGAGACCUUUGCAGCGCACCUCGAGAAACAGAAGAGCAGGAUUGUAGAGACUGCAAAGGCAUUACUAAAAUACAGUGGCGACGACCCACAAAGCAAACUAAAAGCCGAUUGCUCUCGUCUGUCGUCGGAGGUCAGGGCGCUGAGGGUGGAUCUAGAGUCCGCACAGUCGGAAAAGCUUGUUGCGGAGGAGCAAUUGGACGACGUGAAGGAGAAACUACGUGCUCUGGAAAAGAAAUGGGACCGCUCACGCAGCAAGACUAUCGCCAAGCUCGAGGGCCGUGACACUGACGCCAACGUGAAGGAAGAGGAAGCAGGAAAGGCUACCCCAAAACGUGACGAUAUACAUGCAGACUUGAAGGAUAACUCGGAGGCGGCGCAGAAGUUGGAGGAGGCGAAUGCAGUGCUGAAGAAGAUCCGAGAACAGAUGUCUGAAUUGCAGAAGGCGAAUGAGGCGGUCGUUGCGGAGAACACGAAGCUGAAGGUUGAAUUGGCGAGUCCGGUAUCUGACGAAGUCGUCACGUCUUUGCCAGCCUACGUCUCUUUGAAAACCAACUUCGACUCGAUCUCGGCCCGUAUCGAGGUACUGGAUUUUCUGAACGAAACUCUACGACAGGAAAACACCACUCUCAACGCCGAGCGCGACACCUUCCGUACCGAACUCGAUGAAGAGCAGACAGCGGCAUUGACUGAGAGCACAGCGCACACAGCAAGACUAGAUCAAGACCUGACCCGUGUCCGUUCUCAGCGUGAUGAGUUACAAGCAAACCUAUCCGUGCUCAAGGAAACCACCAAGAAAGAAUCCGCAUCCAUCCGCGAAAUCGGCACCCUUGCGGAUACUCGACUUGCACGGAUCCACGCCCUCGAGGCCGAAGUGGCAAGGCUGCGUACGGACGGCACCGGGAUCGUGGGUGAAGUUGAGGGGAAAACGGAGCAGGAGUUGAAGGAGAUGGUAACAAUGUUGACCAAGCAGAACGAGAGCUUGAAGGCGGAGUUGCCUGCGUUGGAAGCCGCAUUCGAGAAGGCGAUGAGGCAGAGUCAGAGCAAAGUCGAGGAAAUUGUGGAGAAGGAAGAGGUGUUCAAGAGGCUUCAGGCAGAGAAAGCUAAAGCGGACCAGAAGUACUUCGCAGCAAUGAAAUCCAAGGACACACUCUCGGCGGAAAUGAAGGCGCUCAAGCACCAGGCAGCAAAGUCAACUGAAGUAAUCGAGUCGUUGAAAGAGGCCGAAGCAAGUGUUUCAGCCAAGCUGGGCAACCUCCAGAAACAACUUGCGAAGAUGCAGGAGAGUCACGAGGGGUAUGAGAAGCGGUAUCGGGAGUACGUUAGAUUGGAGGGCGAGAGCAAACUCAGGGUCGCGGAGUUGGACGAGAAGAUCAAGAAGCUUGCCGCAGAGCUCUCUGCUAAGGAUGCUCAGUUAUCAUCCGAGUCCGCCUCCAGGCGUGCCGCUGAAGAAACCGUCGCGGAACUUCGCGUGCAAGUCAAGCGCUCCAAGGCUUCGGCCGUCACGGUUUCUAAUGGCGAAGACCCGCUCACGGUCUACCGCGGUAUGGUGAAAUGCUCCGUGUGCCAAAGCAGAUGGAAGGAGGUUGCGUUGGCACAGUGCGGACAUGUGUUUUGCAAACAGUGUAUCGAUGACCGGGUUAGUACGCGCCAGAGGAGGUGCCCAAACUGUAACUUGGGAUUCUCGACUGGUGAUAUUUUGACGGUGCAUCUCUGAAAAGACUUAUGAAUGGUGUUGCUGUGCUUUGUUCAUUAAAAGGGGAGAGGCCGAGGAGGUGAUAUGAUGGCGUUCUGGGUUUUGAUUUUGGGAGAACACCUACGUACCUGUAGCAUUGGAAUAUCCACUUGUAAUGUUAGCGAUCUGAAUAUCAGUCAUUCACACUC